GAGCCAGCACAGACAAAGUCACAGACACACCAUCUGGCUGUGUGGCUAAAGUAGGAGAGAGGAGGAGGAGGAGGAGGCCCAAGACCCACUCGACUUCCUUGAGGGGACUCCGACUCAAUUCAAGUCUUCAUCUCCAGUGCCCAGAGGUGUGCAGAGAGCUUGCCACGGGUCUUGUCAUGAAACCACCACACAACUCCUGGGAGGUUGCUCCACUGCUCCCCAACAGGAUGGAGACCCCCACGCCAUAUUGCACACCUUCACCCUCCGUCUCUGUCAGGUUGGGCGACGCACAGCAGAGCGUUCUACCGGAGGAGGUGAGCCACAAGACGGAGCAGGCCUUGCGGGAUGGGAAGCUGCUGCCCGUCAUCUCCCUGGCCAGGGAGGCCGCGAAGCCGGUGUCCGCGAAGCCCCUGAUCAUCGCGGUGACUGGGGACUCGGGCAACGGCAUGUCGUCCUUCAUCAACGCCCUGCGAGGCGUCGGACACGAAGAGCAGGCCUCGGCCCCCACCGGGGUGGUGAGGACCACCCAGACACCGGCUGGCUACUCUACCCCCCGCUUUCCCGAUGUGGAGCUGUGGGACCUCCCCGGCCUGGGGGUCACCUCGCAAAGCAUGGAGAGCUAUGUGGAGGAGAUGCGCUUCAGCCAGUAUGACUUCUUCAUCAUCAUCGCGUCUGAGCAGUUCAGCACCAACCACUCGAAGCUGGCCCAAACCAUCCAGCGGAUGGGAAAGAAGUUCUACGUCGUGUGGACCAAGCUGGACAGAGACCUCAGUACGAGUGUGCUCCCAGAAGCCCGGCUCCUGCAAACGAUCCGAGAAAACAUCCAGGAAAACCUCCAGAAGGAAGGGGUGCAGGAAGCCCCCAUAUUCCUGGUUUGUAACUUUGCCCCCUCGUCCCAUGACUUUCCGAAGCUUAGGGACACGCUGAAGAAAGAGCUGCCCGCCCUCAGGCUCUCGGGUCCCCUGGAGGCCCUCGUCCAGUUGUGUGAGAAGGUCAUCGGUGAGGAAGAGGCCGUUCUGCAAGAGAGAACCAAGCACGAGCACUUUGAAGAUGCCCUGGGCAUCAGGAACGCCGACGACCUGGAGGAGGUUCUAGAAGCCUACCGCUUGAGAUUUGGGGUGGAUAACGAAUCGCUCCAUCACGUGGCGCAGUGUUUGAAGAAGUCCAUAUUCGAGUACCAGGGCGUCAUGAAGUACCCAGAUCUGCACACCGCCUGCAGCAGGAACUGGAAGCUGAAAUCCAUGACCUGUCUACUCAUGAGGGGACUCCUGGGGCUUUCCUGGUACGUUCCAGGCAUGGGUGCCCCUGUCGUGGCCUUCUUCAGACGCCUGCAAUACAGAUGCAUUCUCAGGCUAGUCGUGCAGGACACCAAGACCAUUGUGAGAAAAAUACUGAACGACUCCAUCUUCCCUGCUUGAAGUUGGCCUGGUACAUCGGUUCUCACAGGGAAGAUGGCUUGCCUCAACUUCCUCUUCUUGAAUGGGUGUCUAUUCCUCCUCCCUGGAAAUCAAAAGAUGUAACACUAUUUUUUAAAGUUAAAAAAAGAAAAAAGAAGAACCGGUGGUAGGGAGCGAGGAAUAGAAAUCCAGGGCUUCUAAGAAAACCCCUUCUGUCCAAUUGGUGGAUAAACUCAACAUCCAGUGUUGCGAUUACUACAUAAUGGCAGUAGAUGGCACCAAUACAUCUGGCUGAUG